CUCAGAACUGGGUGUCCAUCAGAAUAUUUUGCUGUUCCUUCAGGUAAAUCCUACUCCGACUUGUACCAACUUGUUUUUGACUGACUGUGCACAGCAAGAGCGUUUUCUUCAUUCUGAGAGAACCUGAAGACCUAGGCUUCCCAAGGCGACCUGCGUGGAAGGCUCAUCUCCUCGCCUUUUCGUAACCUCACAUCUAGCCAGGCGCCUGCAUUCACCAGUUCUCGCAGUACAGAGGAGGUAAUAUUCAACCUGCCCUUUGAAGAACAGGUGGAAUUUGACGGAGAAGGAAAGAGCAGGACGAGCACCCUCAGGAAGGAGCAGCUGCUGGUCAUGGAGCCAUGAACACGUUGAGCAGUCGGGAAAAGGAAGUAGAAGAAUCCCAUGGUAGCCAGGUGGGCGAAGGGGAGCGAGGACGAUACACCUGCUUUGAAGAAACCGCCAUUUGACCUGCCGAGUGAGUGACCAGGUGGUCCCAAAGCCUGACCAUGGACCCGAUUAACAUCAGCAUGGCCAGUGCUCCCCUGGUGAAGCACACUGCCGGAGCUGGCCUCAAGACCAGCAGACCCCGAGUCAUGUCCAAGAGUGGACACAGCAACGUGAGAAUCGACAAAGUGGAUGGCAUAUACCUGCUCUACCUCCAAGACUUGUGGACCACCGUCAUCGACAUGAAGUGGAGAUACAAGCUCACCCUGUUUGCUGCCACGUUCGUGAUGACCUGGUUCCUUUUUGGUGUGAUCUACUAUGCCAUUGCCUUCAUUCAUGGGGACUUAGAACCCAGUGAGCACACUUCAAAUCACACCCCCUGCAUCAUGAAAGUAGACUCCCUCACGGGGGCAUUUCUCUUUUCCCUGGAAUCCCAGACAACCAUCGGCUACGGAGUCCGUUCCAUCACGGAGGAAUGCCCUCAUGCCAUCUUCCUCUUGGUGGCUCAGCUGGUCAUCACCACCUUGAUUGAGAUCUUCAUCACGGGCACCUUCCUGGCCAAAAUCGCGAGACCCAAAAAGCGGGCGGAGACCAUCAAGUUCAGCCACUGUGCCGUCAUCACCAAGCAGAACGGGAAGCUGUGCUUGGUGAUCCAGGUGGCCAACAUGAGGAAGAGUCUCCUGAUUCAGUGCCAGCUCUCGGGAAAGCUCCUCCAGACCCACGUCACCAAGGAGGGGGAGCGAAUCCUCCUCAACCAGGCCACCGUCAAAUUCCACGUGGACUCCUCUUCCGAGAGCCCCUUCCUUAUCUUGCCCAUGACAUUCUACCACAUGCUGGAUGAGACGAGCCCCCUGAGAGAUCUCACCCCCCAAAACCUUAAGGAGAAGGAGUUUGAGCUGGUGGUUCUCCUCAAUGCCACGGUGGAGUCCACCAGCGCUGUCUGCCAGAGCCGCACAUCUUACAUCCCAGAGGAGAUCUACUGGGGUUUUGAGUUUGUGCCUGUGGUUUCUCUCUCAAAAACCGGCAAGUACGUGGCUGAUUUCAGUCAGUUUGAACAGAUCCGGAAGAGCCCAGAUUGCACCUUUUACUGCACGGAUUCUGAGAAACAGAAACUUGAGGAGAAGUACAGGCAGGAAGAUCAGAGGGAAAGAGAGCUGAGAACGCUUUUGUUGCAACAGAGCAACGUCUGACGGCAGUGGUGUCGCCUCGACUUAACUCUGAGCUGCUUCCACAUCUGAGCUCCCUUCAAACCCAGAGGCCACUGGGAAAACAAAAAUGUGUGGACACACUCUGAAAAACCGCACAGAUGUACAGACCUGUUCCUUUGAUCUGCUGUCUAAACAAGCAUUCCACCUCUGGUAGGGUUCCUUUUUUAAAUGCUUUGUGUGAAGCAAACUCCCCAAAUUCAAAUUUUCUAAAAGGGGGCUGCAUUUCCAAGAACUUGGUGGAGGCUACUUGAAACAAUCUGGAUGGACAGAUAUUUCGCAAUGCUGAUAUUGAAAGGAAAUGCAUUUCCAUACAAGGAUGUCAGCUAUAACAAAAUGUAUUUAUUCAAUCCAAGUAUCAAAGACGAGAUGGCCGAGAGCUGAAACGUGGUUCAGUAUCCACUUAUAUCAUUGCUCUAAAACACACUCAUUUUUUCAAGCAGAGAAAAAGGUAUUUAUAAUGAAGGCUAUCUGGUAAUACAUAAAAAGGGGCAAAGGGACUCUGUACUCACAAAAUAUAAUAAUUCUGUUUUUACCUUUUUCGGUGAAUGUAAUUGUACAGAGUGACAUUGAUCAAAUCAGGAAUGCAUCGUUGUGAAUACAUGUACAGAUGGAGCUGAUGUGAUUGUUCACACUAAUUUGUUUUUGUUGGAAUGUACUAGCCCUUUCUAUUCAAAAUGGGUUCACAGGCCAGCAGUAUCAACAGCAUCCAGGAGCUUAUUAGUAAUUUAGCCCCACCUGGACUUAGAGAAUCAGAGGCUGUAUCUUAACAGGACCCCCACAAGUCAUUCAUGUAAAAAUGAAAGUUUUAAAACUUCACUCUGGACAAUGUUUUCAAAGUAACUUUCUGAAGCCAGGGGACUCUGUGGGUCCCAGGUCCCCAGUUCUUUAUUAUGGACAAAUAUUCCUUUCAGUGAUUUCAUUCCUUAUUAAAAUACCUUGUCCGCAAAGGAACUGCCACAGGUAUUUCAAGAACAGAAUAACACUGUUGAGAGUAAUGGUUGUCUCUCUCAAGCUAAGCACAUGCUUGUUGAUUACAGUGAACACAAAAGAAACAUUCAGCUCCGUAACAAUCGGAAAUGUGCUCCUAUAUUGAAGUCCAGUCCGUGAGGUUGGAUGGGACUCCAAGGAACUUGUGGAGCUGAGGAUAAGGAAUUCAAACACAGACGAUUCCUUGAAGCAUGAACAAAAUUUGAUACUCUGAUAACAUGUAAAGGAUGCCCUCAGUAAUGAAAUAAAUCUCAUACAACUCAGUGUGACACAGGUAACGUUUGGAUUUUGGCAGAAUUUAGAGCGUUUAUUUGGGGCAGAGAAUAAAUGGGCUAGGAUUGGCUAAAUGUGAAAAAGGUGAAUUCUCAUUUCAUUCAAACCAGGACAGAUUUGUACAUUCACUCAAGAAGAAUGUGACUUUGAGUGUGUAGACACGGCAUGGACGUACACAUGAGCCCACAUAUAUGGAUACACUGACCUGACCUGCGAGCGUGCACACCGCAUGCACGCACACACACAGAGGCGUGCUCGUCCUGGCUCUCCCAUCACAAUUGUGGAAAUUACCCAUGAAGACAUUUGCAAUUAAAAGAGCAAGUCCUGGACAAGUGUGCUCAUGUAUAUUUUGUUCCAUAAGAAUGGGAACACUGGGGCAAGUAAUCUGGAUUCAGAUUAUCUGUGAAAUGGUGUCAUAUCAUGAUGUUCCCACAUUUCAAGUCUCCUUCCGUUAAACAGAAAAUGUGGCUAAAACCUCUGACCCAGAACUGAACCUUUAAUGCAGCUGUAAAAAUCAUGGGGUUGAAGCUGUAAAAGUUUAAAAUACAAUCUCCGUGCACAGGAAGUUAUUGUCUUCAAUUAUUCAGGAAGUUUUUUUCUUUUUCUUUUUCUGUUGAUCAUUUCAUGGCAGGUUGUUUUAGAUCUUCAUUCUCUUUUUAAAAAAAUCACAUUAGGACUUCCUUGGUGGCGCAGUGGUUAAGAACCCACCUGCCAAUGCAGGGCACACAGGUUCGAGCCCUAGUCCGGGAAGAUCACACAUGCUGCGGAGCAACUAAGCCACAACUACUGAGCCUGCGCUCUAGAGCCUGCACGCCUAGAGCCCAUGCUCCACAACAAAGUGAAGCCACCGCAAUGAGAAGCCCACGCACUGCAGAGAAGAGUAGCCCCUGCUCACCGCAACUAGAGAAAGCCCACGCGCAGCAACGAAGACGCAACACAGCCAAAAAUUAAUUAAUUAAUUAAUUUAAAAAAAUCACAUUAAUGUAGUUAGAUAUUAGUCGUUUUAGUUAUUAAACCUUUUUUUUAUUGUAUAAUGUGGUAAAAUUGACAGGAAAAUAAUGCCCUGGCAUGUUUACAGUUUUUCUCUUGCACUAUUACAUUUUUCCACAGUAUUUACAUCAGUGCUAAUUUGAAUGUGAUCAAAAUUAAGAAUCUUGCAUACUUCUAUUGUAUAUGGUACAAUGAUGUAGCAUAAGAUUGAGAAAUCUUACUGUAUGUUCAUUUCGCAUACCUAUUUCAGCCAAAUUUGGAAGACUCGAUCAUCUGAUCUAUUGCACUACACACAAAAUAAAUAUGUAGUGUCUUAAAAUCCAAUACUUGUACAAGUCAAUAAAUCAUAUUAUAACAAAAUAUUCCAUAAAUAGCUCUAAAGUUGCUUCUGGUUUGAAACUUAGCAUUUUCUAAGCACACUUAUUAUUACUCUGUACAAAAUGCUCUCGUGUUAACAUGCUAACAAAAGGAUCCAGGCAAAAUUAUUUGAUUACAUCUGGGCAUGAAUCUGACUGAAACAGAUUCAUGCUCAACACCCAACUAACAGUUGUUAAGCUAACGGAGGAUUUUGACCCAAAAAUGUUUUUUGCAUUUUGAAAUAUUUCCAAUGCAUGAGACCUUCUCAGUGCAGCCAUUCAAAAAUGUCAUGUUCCAUUUGAGAAACCACAACGUAACGAGCAGCAAAUCAGUGUAAUCUGCAAGCCAUGUCUUAUUUAAGUGAUAAAAUACAUUGUACUGACACGGCACUCGGUAGCCAAUGGCUCCAGACAGCAUAGCAAAGAUUCACUCAUUGAUCCUCACAGCAAGCCAUCUUUGUUUCUCUUUCCCACUUAACAGGAAAUUACAGCCCAGAGAUGAGAUUCCAGAAACCUAAAAUUAGAGGUUAAAAGUAAAAAAUGCCAUGAAUGAGUGGGUCAGGUAUUUAGAUGCAUUUAAACAACUAUUUUGUCUGAUUUUUCUUUGAAUUAAAUUUUCAGAUUUAAUUGACUGAUUUCAAUCCCACCGAAAUGUAAAUUGACAGAUUAAAAAAAAAAAAAAGGGACACUUCUACUGCAAUAUGAUUCUUUCUCCCUUGCUUGGAUCCUCAGUACUCAGACAUCAACUGGAGAAAGAAGAAAAGAGAAAAGAAAAGCAAGGAAGUCACGAGGCCUUUGCAUUGGUAGCUGAGUAAAGGACCACCUCAUCUUCGGGCUUGGUUCUGUAUUUGGUCCCUGUGGUCAAAGGGUCAGACAUCCAACCAUGUGGCAUAACAAAGCCUUCCAGCCUCUCAAUCUUGGCUUUCAUUCUUGCUAGACUUUUACUGUUAAAUAUUAGAAAUAACUAGUUUUGAAUGCAGGUUAUUUUAUAAUCGUUUUCUGGGAUGGGAUUUUUUUUCAAAUGAAAGGUAUUAGCAUUUCAAGUCUUGAUUUCCAAGUUCUGUAGUGUACACUCGAAUUCCAGCAUUGGGCUCUGCAUAGGUCCAAGGUGUCCUUAAUUUUCUUCCCCUGGGAAGACUUACCCCUGAAGGUCUAAAUUUAACAUUUCACUCCUAAUUGACUAACUACACACGUUUUGCCUUUUGUGAAUUUCAGCUUAUCUGUAAUCAGGAUGAGCUGCCAACCAGUCCUUGGGUCUCUGGGUAGCAAUGAGCAGUUUCUGCUCUCAGAAUGAGGUAACUUAUGAGCAGAGUUUGAGUCUCCAGAGUAUAAAUUUGCAAUGAAAUGGUAUAAUCAAAAUUCAACUGGAAUUUUAAAGAAUAAAGGAGCUGCUUAAUUUCUUGAGGAAUUACUAUUUGUUGGUAGACUUUGUUUUUAUUGUCGUUGUGUUGUUUUGAUUUUUUUUAAAGAAAUCUGAAACAAAGUCUUUGUCUUCAAAGUAAGAAAGGCAGUGAGAAACGUGUAAAAAUAAAAGCUAAUAGUUGAUCAAUUAGACUUCCACAUAAAAAGACUUCUACCAGUGGAAAAGAACUUCAUUGCAGGGGAAAUAUGGGUCAUUCAGUCUCACAUUACAACAGACUGUGUCAUCAUAUCCUUCUGGCUUCCCAGGGGUAGCAAUUUUCCUAGCCUUUAAGAAACACUGAUGUAUUAAGCCCCACUUCUUCCCAAAGUUUUUCUACUAGAUAUUUAAUGAAAAAAAAAACAUGAGGCAGAAAUAAAGCUCCAGUCAUGUCACUUCAUCUUGAUCUUCUGUCAGUUCUCCUGUUAGACUCAAUUUUCUUUUCAACUUGACAUGUCCUUGGCUGAUUAUUCUUCAUCUUUGCCAUCCAUUCUAGCAAGUCAAAUAAGCCUGUGGGUUAAAAAUAAUCAAUCAAUCCAAAUUAGUAAUUUGUGGACAUUUAGAUGCCUAAAAACUGAGGAUAGGAACUUUUAUCUUUCAGUUAGUAUGUUGCUAGUGUGUAAAAAUAGAAGACCAAGAAAAACCUGUUGAUUUGAGUGAAUAGUUAAUUCCUAAUAAAAUUACAAGAAUUGCUUAUGGAAAUCGAAGGACAUAAUUGGCAUAUGAGUAUAAAUGCCAAAGAUGUCAUAUAUGUAGAUAAAGGACAUAUAACUAAUAAAGGUAAAUUUCAGCCAAACACAGGGGACUUUGGUAGAUUCCAUGCACAUUCUUUGAGCCUAUCACAGAAGGGCCAGCAACAAUGGGCUCUAACUCUUCCUCCACAUGAUGUACAGGAGCCCUGACUCCCAACCUCUGUUGGAGAAUCAGGCUGAUGGCUUUGUAUUCCUAACCAGCACGGGAUGGGCAAAACCAAAGAUGAAGGCAUCAACCUAAAAGCCCAUCACCAAGUUUUUUGUUUAGCAGCUCCAGCCUUAUGAGGUACUUAACUGUGAACUUAUCUUUACUCAGGGCCAAAUCUUAUCUAGUAUCCAUGCCUUCCCAACAACUUAAGAUAUCCAAUUUCACCCCUCAAAAAUAUUAGAGGUAGAACCUACUCAAAAUUAGACUCCAAGGGAGCUACUACAAUUGAUUACAUAGUUACCCAUUCCCCAAAAAAAAUCAGAAGUUGUUGAUUCUGAGCUAAGAAAUAUGACCUCUUAGCUUAUUAUUCCUAUGAUUGUUAUUGUUGCAAAUGCCCUUAAUAUUGCUGAAAAAGUAAAGAACUUCCAAGAACAUGAUUGGAGAGAAAUUCAAAGGAAUGAUUUUUUUUCAUUUACUAUAAUAUAACCAUAUUCUUUCAUCUGCAAUCAAUCUUAAGACUAAGGAUGUUGCAUUAAAUCAAAUCAUUACAGGAAGUAUGACUGUAUCAGGGACUUUUUACAAAAACAAACUUCCAGAUCAUGAGAGGAAGCUGUGUUUGUGUGCUGACACAAAGUAUUCAACAGCAGUCAGGAGGGGAAGGCAGGAUGACAGCCAACUUGGAUCUAUUUUUGAAGAAUUAUUUCUGUAGGGUAUCAUAGCAUUGUCAGUUAUGAAAAAGAAUGCUUUGGUAAACAGUCAUCUCCAUUCCAAAAGGGCCCACUCCAAAAUACCACUUAAUGAAAUUCACGGGAAUGGUAUGAAGAUGGAAAUCCCAAAUGACAUGAGAUUUUACAAGCAAACAGUUCUACUUUUCGUAAAUACUGGCAGUGUGCAUUUACCAAAAUCUCCAUCAUGCCUUGCUCUCUUGCUAUAUAUAGCACUCCAUCUGAUCACUACACCAUGCAGCAAGAUGCGUGUCCUUGUUCUCCUCUGAUUUUUAAACUAGGUAGGCUUAAAUUUAACUUAGCAUAGUAGUUACUCCUGUUUCUCAAGGUUGAGCUACUACUUGGUGCAUGUUAGAAAUCUCAAACUAACUGAGGUGUGUGUACUUGGUCACUACUGAACCCAAUCAUGCUAUGACCAAUCAGCUUUAAAUAGGUCCUUUUAUGUUCUAUGAAUUCAUUCUGCUAUUUGUCAAACCAUUUCUUGUUUCAUAUGUAUCUCCAUCACCUUUCUUUUUUUAUAUAUAUGGAAUCACUCUAA